AUGUCGCCCAAGUCGAGAGUUCUUUUUGUACUCCAAUUUCUCCGAUUCUUUAUAACCCGUAAAACUCUCGUCUCUAUCCACAGCUUCCUCUUUCCGAUUUUCGGACCCAUCGGAAAAAUCAUCGGAAUUAACAUGCCCAAUCAAUCCGAUGACCAAAACUCAAAUCCCCCACCACCACCCUUUGAUCGAGCUAAACCCUCCAAACCCAUCAGCACCCUUGAAGAACUUGACUCUGCUUCUUACAUCACUUCUUUUCACUACCCUUUCGAUAAAUCCACCGUUCCUCUCCGGCUGCCUGAUUCAGCUUUGCCUCCAAGGCACAGGCUUUUGGUUUGCCAUGACAUGCAAGGUGGUUACGUGGACGAUAACUGGGUCCAGGGUGGCAAUAAUUCCGGCGCUUAUGCCAUCUGGCACUGGUAUUUGUUCGAUGUUUUUGUUUAUUUUUCUCAUAAAUUGGCCACCUUGCCUCCUCCUUGUUGGACCAAUACUGCUCAUAGGCAUGGGGUUAAGAAUGGGAUGAAGGGAAAGCAAUUUGCAAGGAACUGCUUUCGACAAAGGAGUCUACUCACAAGUAUACUGAACGCUUGGCAGAGCUUGCUGUUGCUUUAGGCUUUGAUGGAUGGCUGGUUUAUGUUACACAUUUAUCAAGCUCAUCACAUACACACACACAAUGUUACAGAAAAACAUGCUAAGUUUUAAG